GCCCCUCGCUCGAGAGAGAGACUGCGACGUCUGUCCUCCCACUUCCUUUCUGUCGGAGGACUUCUAUCCCACACCCUCCUGCUGCUGCUGCCUCCGCCUCCUCUCCUUUAAGGCAGCCGAGCUCACCUGUAGGCGCAGCGCCCUCACCUAGCCCAGGUGGCUGCCGAGAGCGAGCGAAGAAGGAGAGGAGGAGGAAGUGGGCGCAGCAGGAGCAGCAUGUCCGCCUCGGCAGUUUUUAUCCUUGACCUGAAAGGCAAGGUGAGUGUGACCCCCAGAUCUUCCUCUCAGGUGGGGCAGAGCAGCCUCCACCCUCCAGGCGAAGUUUCCCAAAUAACUCCCCCUUCUCUCUUACGCCCUCCAGUAUUUCCGCUCGCCAGAUCCAAGCUUCUGGGUGUUACCUGGUGCAGACUUCCAUUCAAACUGUGUACCCUUAUCCCCCUCUUCACUUUUCAGCCUGGAGAAGAGGAACUUAAAGCCUCUUGAGACCAGGUGGGGAGCUGAGUAGCGCCCAGGUGGCCUGGCUGUGCCUUCUAACUGCUAGGCCACCUUUGCCUCUGGGCACAAGAAGAGAGAUGGGUGCUCCUGGCCCUGGUGCCAAGGUUUCUUCCUGCGGCUCCCACCUUCCGGGAGAUGGGGCCCACCUGUGCUGCGUCUGGCUGGCAUCCCCUAUCCCAGAGCUGGGGCUUGUUGGUGCUCCAUUGCAGGCUAUUUUGUGUACAGCGGGUGUGAAGGAGAUUCUUUUUGGCCCUCCUUUUCUAGGCUGAAGAGUGGUCUGAAAAUUGUGGCCGCUUAGUGAACGGAGGCAGCCUGGGAAUGUUGCUUCCGGAGCGUGUGGACCUGCUUGCUGCCACCCUGCUGGCUCUGGUUGCAUCAGGGAGCCUGUUCGACCAGCUAGGUUGCUUCAAAUGGGUGAAAGAGCAGGGCCAGAGCUGUAGCAGCAAAGCAGAAUGAGCCCUGAGCCCAUCACUUUAAGGAACAGAAACUGGAAAAAAACAUUUGCUUUCUCGGUGAUAAGCUGUGCACACUGGAACUGCCUGCUGCUACCCGUUCAAAACAACAACAACAAGAACAGUUGAUGGCAGGGUUCAGAACAGUAGUAGGCCAAUUUGUGGAAGAGAGGAACAGCAUCAGAGCUAGCGCAAGGUAGCAGUUAAGAACCUGAGCGGAAAAGUCAACAUCUGAACACAAGAUCGAGGAGAUUGGUGACAAACAGAUUUAUUUGCUAGACUGCUCGGUUUGUUCAAUACUGGAAUGAAAAGCAUGCUAAUACUGUUCAGAUAUUUACUCCCUGCCCCCCGCUCUUAUAGAAUCCCCACCAAAGCAAUUUUAUUAACAAUUACAAUUACAGUGGUACCUCGGGUUGAGAACUUAAUUCGUUCUGGAGGUCUGUUCUUAACCUGAAACUGUUCUUAACCGGAGGCACCACUUUAGCUAAUGGGGCCUCCUGUUGCCGCUGCACAAUUUCUGUUCUCAUCCUGAAGCAAAGUUCUUAACCCGAGGUACUGUUUCUGGGUUAGCGGAGUCUGUAACCUGAAGCAUCUGUAACCCGAGGUACCACUGUACUGUGUAAUAAUGCAAGUCUCAGCGCAGCUAUAGCUUUACUACAUGUUGUUAGGCAAACGACAGUCUACAUCAGGCAUAGGCAAACUUGGCCCUCCAGAUGUUUUGGGACUACAACUCCCAUCGUCCCUGACCUCUGGUCCUGUUAGGUAGGGAUACUAGUUUGUCUGCAUCACUGCCCCCUCCCCUUCUGUAAUAGGAUGGUAAUAAAUAUACAUAAGGGGCUGUUAUACUCUGAUUAAGCAUUUUUAAACAAUCAAAAAAUUCAUCUACAUGCAUAUUAUUAAUAAUAAUAACAACGACUAUUAAGGCUGCAUUGCUAUACCUACCUUCAUGGAAGUAAGCCCAACUGAACUCAAUGGGACAUACUUUUGGAGUAGUUAGCUUAUAGGAGUUUGCUGUAAGUGAAGUACUUGGGGAACCUUCUGAUGAUGGGUGCCCCCUAUCUUACACAAAGCUGAGUUUAUGCACUGAAUAGGAUCUUGUGCGGGAAAGAUCAUGGAGGUACAGUAUCACAUUUUUUAAAAUAAGUGUGGCAUGAAAGGGAAGCCUGGUCCAUGACAGAGAUAGCUCUGGGGGUGGCGAAUAUUAUGGCACAGCUGCAUUUUCCUUUUCCUCCCACCACAUCUCUAAAAUAACAACUUCGUUGAAGGACGAAAAAGACCAGGGGUGGAACAAGACAAUUUGCUGCCUGAAGCAAAGGACGAUAUUGCCUCCCUCCCUGUUCCACGUAGAGAAGCUGGCCAGAUUGACAGUUGAAUCUUACUUCAGCUGUGCCAGGGGGACGGUUUCCUCCAUCGCAGCUGACAGUAGCUGGCAAAUUUAGAGGGUACGUGAGAGGCUUGUGGUGCACAUCUCUGUUCUCCCACAGAGGCGAAUGCUAUGUGGGACUGUGACUGCUGUCACCUGAAGCGAUUGCUUCUUUUACCUAAUAACAGAGCCGGCUCUGAAAAGCACAAAGGAGAGAACUAAAGGCCCGUUAGGUAGAGAAGAUCUAUUGUUUAUUUGACCGGGAUGUGCUUUUGGAGCACUCGUGUAUGUGGCCAGGGAAUAUAGGGUGAGAAUGCAACCUGGAAGACUUGCAUCUAACAGCAGAAUUCACUCGGAUGUCUGUCCUAUUAAAUUCUAUGGGUCUUACUCCCAGGUAAGUGGGUAAAGGGUCCCAGUCUAAACCUCCUCCCUGGAAAAUGGUGUGUGGGUGAAUGACAUACAUGAUGCUACUUAGAGGAAGCAUCAGCGAUAACGUGAGCAACGCACUGUGGGUGUCUCAGUGUCAGCCAUGCAAGGCUAGCGUGACUUAAGCUUCUUUCCCAUCCUCCAGCCGCUCAUCAGCCGCAACUACAAAGGAGAUGUGAGCAUGUCAGAGAUUGACUACUUCAUGCCGCUCUUGAUGCAGAAGGAGGAAGAAAGUGCCUUGACGCCACUCCUGUCCCGCGGGAAAGUGCAUUUCCUUUGGAUCAAGCACAGCAACAUUUACUGUAUCCUUUUAAUUCCGGGGAGAGGGGUGGGAUGCUGCAGCCCCUGUGAGGGGCAAAACCCAAGUCCAACUGGAUUCAGAAACACUACUGCCUCCAACUGUGGCGCAUAGCCAGCAAGGCUGGUAAUCUUCGAUAGCUUUUUCCUCCAUGAGUUUGUCUUCUAAAGUCAUCCAAGUUAGGGGACCAUUACUGCCUUCUCUGGGAGGGAGCACCACAGUCUAUGUGCUGCGUGAACGGCACACAAUAUUCUAAAUGCAGUUGCACCAUAGAUUUGUAUAACAGCAAUAUAAUGUUGGCAGUUUAUUUUCAGUUAGCCUUGCCCUGUGCUCCCAAGUUUCAGCGAAGUGGAGAUUGCAGGCCCUGCGUUUCUGAACUUCUUUGGAAUGAUGGAGAAAGGGCAAUAAUGGGGUAGGCAACCUAAGGCCCAGGGGCUGGAUGCAGCCCAAUCGCCUUCUAAAUCCAGCCCGCAAAUAGUCUAGGAAUCAGCGUGUUUUUACAUGAGUAGAAUGCGUCCUUUUAUUUAAAAUGCAUCUCUGGGUUAUUUGUGGGUCCUGCUUGGUGUUUUUACUUGAGUAGAAUGUGUGCUUUUAUUUAUAAUGCAUCUCUGGGUUAUUUGUGGGGCAUAGGAAUUCAUUCAUAUAUAUUUUUUCAAAAUAUAGUCCGGCCCACCACAUGGUCUGAGGGACGGUGGACCAGCCCACGGCUGAAAAAUGUUGCUGACCCCUGGGCAAGAAUGAAGCAUGUGCAGAAUCCUUUUGAUUAGACAGAAGCCUCGUUUUAGGAGAUGAGUUGUCAGAUGAGAGCUGAAAGGCUGGUCCCAAAAAGGGAAAACUGCAAACUGGUGCAAGAUCCAGUCCAAGGAAACAACCACUGAAGAAUCCACAUGUGGUUUCUGUGCAUCCCAGUGUUCAUCUACUGCCUGGCAUUGGUGGCUAUGUCCUCUAUUUAGGCUAGAGUCCCCCAAAGCCAAUACUCCUUCCCGACCAUUCCCAAGUCUCUAGUCCAUCAGUUCAGAAAUCUCUUUCUUUACCCUUAACCUUUUGUGCAGUGGUGGCCUUAACCAUGAAGAAUGCCAAUGCCUCACUAGUGUAUUCUUUUCUCUAUAAAGUGGUAGAGGUAAGUCAAGGAGCCAUUUUUAGAUGUACAAAGAAGAACAGGGGACCAAGAUAGGAAAGGCUGAUGCUAUCUUUGAGUUCCCCAUUGUGUUAUUCUGUUGGCUUGGAGUAGCAUGCAGACAACACACACCCUCCCCCAUAGGAACCAACUCCUAGGGGCUGAGAUCCCUUCACCCCCCCAAUAAAAUAUUUGAUGGGGCCUGCGUGCCCCAAAGCUCAUGGGCAUUGCCAUUCAAAUGCUGUGUGUCAACUGCAUCAUGUGAUCGAUUGUGUGGGGCAGGGCAUACCUGGGGUCCCCCAAUAUUUUUGUCAGGUUGGCACCCCUGCCCUCCCCGCAAAUGAUCUUGAGGCUUUUGGUUUCAUCUUGGCACUACAAACCCUGAUAGUAUCUUUUUGGGGCCAGGGAUGAAAGGCCAGUUUGCCCUUUGUAGCAUAAAAACUGGCUUCUUCUACCCCAUUGAUUCCAGCCUUUGAAAACUGAACUUGUAUGCUGUCUUUUAGUGUAUUCACUCUCAAGUUUUGUUAAAAGGUAAUAAUAACUUCAAGGCACAGUUUUAUAAAAUUUACAGCGGGGCUGAAGAAUUUGUGCCCUCCAGAAGCUCCCACCAGCCUGAGCCAGCAUGGCAAAUAGACAAGGAUGAUGGAAAUUGUAGCUUGCAACAUCUGGAGAGUCAUAGGUUCCCCAUCUCUGAUUUACAACAAUUAAAAUAACAGAGCAAUUAAAAAACCCCAACAUUUUAGCACCAAUGGAAACCAGUUUAAAACAGCACUCUUACACUUAAGAACUUUAAAUGUAAAUCCAAUUUACUUUGGAUUUACCUCCCAUUUUAAUUCAGAAUAAAAGUGUGCUGCUUAUCAGAUGUUUGGGAAAAACUGAAGUAGAAGUCGCCAUCUGGCAAGGCUGCAAUGGGGGUAUAGCAACCCAUAUGAAACCAACUCUCUGCCCCUUAUGCAUACCAGAAGGGCCCAUCUGUCUUCCUUUCCCAAUGACUAAUGCAUCCCACACUGGGAAUUCUGCAAGAAAGAUACGCUUGAGCCAAAUGUAGAUGGAUCAAAGUUCUGGAAUUUGGAAUUUGGGUAUUGGGGCUGCGGAAUUCUAGGCUCUUCACCCCUGGACUGGGGGGGGGUCACCUCUUCUGUAUAAAAUCCAGUAGGGUGAAACCUUUCAUUCUCUCAUUGUCAGGUCUUUUCUGAAUAUUUCAAAGAGCUGGAAGAAGAGAGCAUCCGCGACAAUUUUGUCAUUGUGUAUGAACUGCUGGAUGAGCUUAUGGAUUUUGGGUUUCCCCAGACAACAGAUAGUAAAAUUUUGCAGGAGUGAGUCAUUUGGUCUGCUCCCCCUCUCCUAACCUUUUUUUCCCUGCUUUCCUGCUACCUCUUUCUGACAUUGUGCAAAUAAAUGACCUAACAGGAUUUGAAAACUAUAUGUGCUGAGGAUAGGUGUAUAGGAGUUCAAGUAGAACAAAAUGUUUCCCAUGUGUAAAAUCUCAAGUGUUGAAUUCAGAUGUUAAUCAUUCUGCUUGGGCCAAACUUUAUUUCUGAGGGGGCCUCAGUUUGGGGGAAAUGAGAUCUGAAGAGAUACUUAAAUUUCAGUGUUGGGGGGCUCAGAAGCAAAUGUCAAAAUCUGAACUAUCAAUGCUUCAAACAUUCCUUUUAUUCUGAAUUGGCAUUUCAGAUCAGGCAAUGUGAAGUUUUGCUGAGAUUCUGCUUCUGCUUUAGAUAGCAGAAGGUGCUCUUUACAGUCUUCCGCAAUCCUUUGAAAAGGUGUGCUUGCUGGGAGGUGGAAUGACUGCAUCUCAUGAGGGCAGUUCUGGAUCUUGAUCACACCCCCUCUUCACCCUGAUGUAGGUACAUCACUCAGCAGGGCAACAAGCUCGACACGGGCAAAUCCCGCGUUCCACCCACCGUCACCAAUGCAGUCUCCUGGAGGUCGGAGGGCAUCAAAUAUAAGAAGAAUGAAGUCUUCAUUGAUGUCAUUGAAUCUGUCAAUCUGCUGGUGAGUUAUUGCAGGAAUGUGGGUCCGUCUGGCUCACCUAGGUACGUAGAUAUCCAGGCAACAUUGCGAGGAGCCGAAAAAGUUGGCAUGGCCUUUUGUCUUGCGGCGCCUGCCCCAUUGGAAUUCCCUUCCAUUAAGUAUUACAUGGGCAUCAACUCUGGUGGCAUGAAGUUGCUGGGUGCUUGGCCUUUCUCAGCAGAGUGCAGGAGGAAAGCUGUGUCGCUGGCAGCUGCUCAGAGGAGGCCGUGUGUGUCUCCCUUGAGAUAAAUUCUGGUUUCCAAUGGUGACGGUGGUGCUCCCACAGGGAUGGCGGUGAUCUGCCCUGAACCAGUAUUUUCUCCUCUUAGAGCAUCAGCUUCGACAGCAAACGAGCUCGGAAGAGAUGAUGAUAAGAUGAGAAAAGGAAAGUGGGCAAAAGGUAGCUCGGGAUCUAAUGGAGAUCCCUGGGCGAUUUCUGGGUUUCUCAAUAGCAACAGAAGCUGCUCCACACCCCUUUCUGCCGAAAUGAAGGGCAGGAAUAGAUUUCUCUCUCUUUGUGAUUAGAGAGUGUGAGCUCCUGUUGUUCGUUCCCAGCUCCUGCCAACCUAGCAGUUCGAAAGCACGUCAAAGUGCAAGUAGAUAAAUAGGUACCGCUCCGGUGGGAAGGUAAACGGUCUUUCCGUGCGUUGCUCUGGUUCACCAGAAGCGGCUUAGUCACGCUGGCCACAUGACCCAGAAGCUGUACACCGGCUCCCUCGGCCAACAAAGCGAGAUGAGCGCCACAACCCCAGAGUCAUCCGCGACUGGACCUAAUGGUCAGGGGUCCCUUUGCCUUUACCUUAUUUAUUUAGUACAUUUCAUAGAAUCGUAGAGUUGGAAGGGAACCCGAGUGUCAUCUAGUCCAACCCCCUGCAAUGCAAAUAUCCCACCUCCCCCCCCCCCAGUACAAAGUGACUUUUAUGGUUCUUCCCCUCAGUUCUAGUACUGAGAUCCACUUCCUGGGCUGAGCAUGUUCCUUAAUUUUGUGUGUUGUUUCUCUCUCCACCCCCAUUUUGCACCUAGAUCCAGUUGGAGGAUCUCUGGUUUCUAGUGCAAAAACAAAGCAGAUCCGAUAUGCCUGAGUCUGCCCACUCAUAUAUGAUUUUAGUUUGCACACAGCACAUCUAAGUACUGAGUAAUGUUGUUUCCAUGAUGUUUUGUGUACUGGUGGGUGACUUCCCUGGGCUUUGAAAGUUCAUUUUAAAAAGGGGCUAGUUUGAAUUCCAAUUUAAGGUGUCCAAAAAGGAACAAAUUCCAGUUUAUAUUCAUCCCUUUAGUUCUGUUCGUGUUCAAUUCAAAUACAUCCAAUUAUUUUACCCUCAGCAUUCAGAAUGUUACAAGCUGCUGGGCUGAAGUAUAAAACAUGCUUAAGAAAACACAGUGGAAUGUGAAUUGUUUGGCUUGUUAUUCCCAACAAUUAUGAUCCUUAAACUUCAAAGCCCAAAGAUCAGUAGAAAAUGCAUGUAGGAGAUUGAACCUGAAGCUAAGAAAACAUUUAAAAGCUCUACCUCAAAAUGAACAAUUUACAUUCAGUUCACUCGGCAGUUGUGGGAACUACACUAAUGGCCAAAGUUGUGGAAACUUUUAGGAAAAAAUGCAUUUCCGAGGUUUGACGGCUCAUAACACGUGAUUACCUCUCUAAACACUCAUGCUCAUUGGCUGCAUUAAAACGAUGUAAAGCUACUGCAUAAUUGAACAAACUUUGUUGCAUUACAUUCUUCCUUAAAUUAUCCUUCUCUUGAUAUGUAAUUUUAUGGUAUUACUCCAAAAAAGUGGGGUUAUGAGCCAUCAAACCUCAGAAAUACACUAUUUCCAAAUGGUUUCCACAAUUUUAUAAUAUAAUAAUUUUUAUUAUUAUUUAUACCCUGCCCAUCUGGCUGGGUUUCCCCAGCCACUCUGGGCGGCUUCCAACAGAACACUAAAAACACUAGUGUACUAUAAGGCAUAGAUCAGAGAUUUUUGAACUAAUUCAGCAAACUGCGUUAAACUGAACUAGCUCAUUCCAAGACUGGUGCUGCAGUUUCAGCCUGGCUGUCAUCAGGGACAGGAGGGAGAAGCCCCCCUUCUUCCAGGCAAAGAGAGGAGAUGGGAGGAGUUGUGACCCUGAGACUCAGACCCUGCUCUGUCUUCCAGGUUAAUGCCAAUGGGAGUGUCCUGCUGAGUGAGAUUGUGGGCUCCAUCAAGCUGAAGGUCUUCCUCUCCGGCAUGCCAGAGCUGCGUUUGGGCCUCAACGACAGGGUGCUCUUUGAGAUCACAGGACGUAAGUCACCCAGUGCCCUGAAAGCAGGAGCACCAGCAGUUGGGUGGGCUGGGCAGAGAGAGCCUCCAGCAGCAGGAAGUGUUGGGCUGAAUGACACUAGAUUUGGCUGGAUUUUGCUUAUUGUUGCGGUUUUUCAUUUUAUGUAGACAAGGUGUAAUUUCAGCCCAGGAGCUUAUUUUUAAAAGUAGCAUUCAUACAGGUGCAUUUUGGGGGGGGGCAUCUCUCUCUUUUCACUGAAACACCAGAACAGCACCCACACAUCUGGGUGUGUCUAUGAAAAAUGCAGUUUCUUUUGUUCAUCAUUAACUUUCUGGUAACUUUUAAUGUGGACCUCGUGUUUUGGGAAUGGACAGCCUGUGUUCUUUUCUGCCAAAUACUCACAUAUUUCUGCUGCUUCCAGUCUUUGGGUGUUUGUGUUUUAAAGUUGAGGGCUUUAAUAAUGACUUUUUAAAAAAACAACCUCCUUUUCAAAGUGUUGGUGCUGACCUUUAAAGCCCUAAACGGCCUCGGUCCAGUAUACCUGAAGUAGCAUCUCCACCCCCAUCAUUCAGCCCGGACACGGAGGUCCAGCGCCGAGGGCCUUCUGGUGGUUCCCUCACUGCGAGAAGCCAAGUUACAGGGAACCAGGCAGAGGGCCUUCUUGGUAGUGGCGCCCGCCCUGUGGAACACCCUCCCACCAGAUGUCAAAGAGAAGAACAACUACCAGACUUUUAGAAGACAUCUGAAGGCAGCCCUGUUUAGGGAAGCUUUUAAUGUUUAACAGACCACUGUAUUUUAAUACUUUGUUGGAAGCCACCCAGAGUGGCUGGGGAAACCCAGCCAGAUGGGCGGGGUAUAAAUAAAUUAUUGUUUUAUUUUAUUUUUAUUAUUUGCAAGCAUCUUCCCCACUGAAUGCUUGGAGUUCUGAGUGUUGGCUAUUUGCAGAUUAAUUGCGCUGCAGAAGGCGUGCUGGGAAGACCACACAUUACAAGGAACACAAAAGUAACUUUUGCUAGGUUUUAAUAACAAAAACAAAAACUCCUUUUACAGUAAAUCAAUAAGCAUGACCCAUCCACCAGGGUACUGAGAGAGCUACAUACUGCUCUUUAUAUACCAUACCCAACAGCUUAAUUACCACAACUUAACAGCACCUGCUAUACUGCUUCACAGCUGUAAAACUAGGUCAUGUUAUUUGCUCUGGCCUUUAAAGAAAUACACAUCUUGUGGAACAAUAAUGAACCUUCAAAUUUAAAGAGACCAUUCCACACUGAGAGGCCAAGAAUCACAAGGACAGGCAGCUGUUUUUCUCUGGCUAGAGCGUAGUCUCUCCCCUGCUAUCCCCUGGGCAAUUGUGACAGCCAGACUUCUGACUUCUCAGGUGGAAAAAAUAAGUCUGUGGAGCUGGAGGAUGUCAAGUUCCAUCAAUGUGUGCGGCUGUCACGUUUUGACAAUGACCGGACCAUCUCCUUUAUCCCACCUGAUGGAGAUUUUGAGCUCAUGUCCUAUCGGCUGAACACACAGGUUAGUCUGGGAUUCAGACCCCCAGGAAAAAGUGAUGCCAUGGUGAUCUCAUUGGGUACACAGGCAACUCCUUUGUGCAUGGUUGCACUGAGGCAGUAGCUGCCUAAUUUUCCCAGAUAAUCUUUUUCCUAAUGAUUCAUGCCCAGCUAGGUCAUUUGCCUACUUAUCUAUAGGCUGAUGCUGCCGGCGAGGAGAGAGUUCUUUGCAGAAGGAUGGCAGGUGUUAUGUACUGAAGUUCUCACCCUGGGCCAGCAGGGGGAUACUGUAGAUAGUUAUGCAAAUGAAGGAUCGAAAGUGACGUUCAGUGAUUGGAUAGUUUGUAUGCAAAUGAAGGAUCGAAAGUGACGUUCAGUGAUUGGCUAGUUACAGAAAAUGGUUACUGUUGCAUUCUAGUGGAGCUCUAUAUAAGCAGGCUGACUGUGCUCCUCAGUUCAGUUCUGUUCCAGCUUACAAAUAAAGAGCUGCUUUGGAAGAAUCGCUGUGUCGUCUGAUAUGUUUGCCCACAACUUAACAGCAGGAAUUAUGCCCAGUUGACGAACUGGUUCCUUGUUGAGGAAGCCAUGUGCGUUAUCUUCAGAUCUUGAGCCACUCACGGUUGCAGCUGGCUGACUUUGUAGUGGUGCAGAUUCUCUAUAUAUAGAGACAUCUAUUUUCUGCCGCUAUAAAACAUGUGGAACAGCAAUCCUAUAUAUGUACUAUUGCACUGUUUGGAUAAACCACACUAGAAAUAAUCCCAUCAUUUUGUACAUUCCCACAGGCAUUGCUUUCUUUCUCAGAUCUCUUUCCCCCCAGCAUGACAGUUAAUAGAACUCAUUGUUGUUAAAUGGUUAAAGCUCAGAGGAAGGCCAGGGAUGGUUGCUGCCAAAACUCUCCAUAGCUGUCAAUGUUUCCCUUUUUUUAAGGGAAAUUCCCUUAUUCCGAAUAGGAUUCCUUGCAAGAAAAGGGAAAAGUUGACAGCUAUGAAACACUCUCUUCCUAUCAGAUGUGUCCUAUUGCCCUGGCACUUGUUCAAGCAAUAGGAAAAAUAACUAUUUGUAGUAUUUAUCUUGCAAUCACCAAAUGAUGAUGAUAACAGUUAUUUGGUGAAUGCAAGAUAAAUACAACCUGGUUCUUAGAGUCUUUUGCCUGGCUGCUCCAAGGUGGCACAAGAUUUCUCAAGUAUACAGGACUGAUUAAGCCGAGAUGACAGGAUUUGUAGGUGUUCUGAGCUUUCAUCAUGCCUGACACACCUUUUGCUCUUUGGCUCUAACCUGCUGGAGGCUCUGGAGCCCAUGAAUGAGAUUCUCUCUCUCUUUGCUUGAAGGUGAAGCCCCUCAUCUGGAUAGAGUCUGUCAUUGAGAAGUUCUCUCACAGCCGAGUGGAGAUUAUGGUGAAGGUGAGUUUUUUGGGGGGAUACUGCUUCCUGUUACCCAAGGCUUCCAUAAUAAGGGCGAUCGGAGGAAAACACAUGAUCAAGAGGACACAAUAUAUUUGUGUAUUUAUUGCUAUAGAUUUUGUUCACUCUUAACAGCUGCUCCAAAUCAUCCAAAAAGCGGGAUUUGUAUGGGCUUUGGAGAAAUGAGAUCACUUCCCAGUCUUCCAAGGAGCACUACAGCAGUGAUGAGCUCUGCCCCUCCUGGCUCAAAGCUUGCUUUGGCUCGCCUUCUCUCUCUUUUUAAAAAAAUAUAUUUUAUUUUCAUUUUUUAGACAAAAUUCAUAUACAUUUAAAUCAUUUUCAAUUUGUACAUAUCUGAGAUUACUUAAAUCCCUGGACUUCCCCCCACCUUCCCCUGGUUUCCAAUUUUUUCUAUUUCUUCUAUUGCAUCUAAUUACAUUUUUCAAAUUCAUUUUGUAUCCCGUUUUUAAACUUAAGUCAUAUUACAUUAUAAGUGUUAUAACAAUCCUGCUAACGUUUUUAGAUAUCUGCAGUGGUCUUUAAGAUACGCUAUAAUUUUUUUCCACUCUUGACUAAAUUUUUUAUUGUCUUGGUGUCUGAUCUUCACGGUCAUCUUUGCCGUUUCAGCAUAGUCCAUCAUCUUGGUUAUCUACUCUUCUUUGGUUGGGACUUUUUCUUCCUUCUGCUUCUGGGCAAAAAGCAUUCUUGUGGCUGUUUUUGCACACAUAAUCAGUCUUUUUAAGUCCUUAGGUCUUUCAUCUCCUAUUAAUCCCAAUAAAAAGGCUUCUGGGUUUUGGAUAAAAGUUACCUUAAACAUUUUUUUCAAUUCAUUAUAUAUCAUUUCCCAGAAUUCUUUUACUAUUUUACAUGUCCACCACAUGUGGUAGAAUGUACCUUGGCUUGCCUCCUCUUGUGGCAGAGACGUAGUCGGGAGGCAUGAAACACAGACUGUUGUGAGCAUCUCUCUGUCUUUCUCCCUUUUGGAAAGGCAAAGGGCCAAUUCAAGAAGCAAUCGGUGGCCAAUGGAGUAGAGAUAUGUGUCCCGGUCCCGAGUGAUGCCGACUCGCCCAAGUUCAAAACCAGCAUUGGCAGUGCAAAAUACCAGCCUGAGAAGAAUGUUGUCGUCUGGAGCAUCAAGUCGUUCCCGGUGAGAGAGAUGCCCCCUUUCCCACAAAUCUCCUCCCCCAUUCUGUCCUUUGAAUUUUGCAGAUGAUUUCAAAGAUGCAGGUUUAACUCCAGGACAUUUCCAUUGCAUUUGGGAAGGGGGCAAUUCUGUUACAUGGUCCAGUGCUCCUGCAAGUUUGUUGGGUGGCAAUGGAAGAGGUGAGCAGUUGGUACUGGUCAAGAGCUUAUACUAUUAAGUGUGCUAUAGCUGCUCAUGAAUCCCUGUCCAUUAGGUGCCAGCAAACCUUGAGAAAACAUGAAUGCAACUGAUCCAAAAAUCCACCCACCCACCCUCCACUCAAACAAAAAACCAAAUCUCACUACAGCCAACCAAAGACAACCAACCACGCCCUUGGCCACCCCAACCUCUCUCACCACUAGGGAAGUACAACAAGCGAAUAGCAAGAGAACCCAUACAAGUGACGCUGACGCAAAACCCCACACAUGCACUAAGUAAAAGAAUAGAUGUAUACCCGAAGGAGUGUCUCCAUCCCCAUCGUUCAGCCCUGACACUGAGGUCCAGCUCCGAGGGCCUUCUGGUGGUUCCCUCCCUGCGAGAAGCCAAGUUACAGGGAACCAGGCAGAGGGCCUUCUCAGUAGUGGCGCCUGCCCUGUGGAACGCCCUCCCAUCAGAUGUCAAGGAAGUAAACAACUCUCUGACUUUUUUCCAGUAGCACCUUAGAGACCAACUAAGUUAGUUAUUGGUAUGAGCUUUCGUGUGCAUGCACACUUCUUCAGAUAAAUGUGUGCAUGCACACGAAAGCGCAUACCAAUAACUUAGUUGGUCUCUAAGGUGCUACUGGAAGGAAUUUUAAAAAAAAAUUUAUUUAAUUUUAUUUAUUUUGUUUUGCUUUGACUACGGCAGACCAACACGGCUACCUACCUGUAACUACCGGUAUCUGACUUUUAGAAGACAUCUGAAGGCAGCCCUGUUUAGGGAACUUUUUAAUGUUUUAUAUUUUGUCGUGUCUUUAGUAUUCUGUUGGGAGCUGCGCAGAGUGGCUGGGGAAACCCAGCCAGAUGGGCAGGGUAAUAAUAAUAAUAAUAAUAAUAAUAAAAAAUUAUUCUUAUUCUUAUUAUUCUUAUUGCUAUUAUUAUUAUUUAUUGGCAUUACCACCCCACUCCACUCACCAUUCUCCCCUCCCCCUUUUCUUCCCAACCUAAUACUGCAUGUGAUACUAAUGUCUCACAACAAAUGAAACUGAUCCGUAGGAAACGCAGCUUGAAAAAAAGAGACAAUGCACGUACUUUUGUAAACUAAGAAAUCUUUAAUAAAAAUACAUUUUAAAAACACACAAAAACACACACAUGGAUGUGAUCUGUAAGGACUUCCAGAAAUGCCAUGGUGGAUUUUCUUACCCCUUCCCUGUGGCCAUUGAUGAACUUCAUUCAUACUUCUUGGUUAUUAGGGUCAGGUUGUUGCAUUGGCUGGCCUGCAUAACCAUUGACUUAAAGAAGAAGACCUUCCCUUCUCUUGCAUUUGGCUCUGCAGGGUGGCAAGGAGUACCUGAUGAGAGCCCACUUUGGGCUGCCCAGUGUUGAGAAUGAGGAGCUGGAGGGACGUCCGCCCAUCUCAGUCCGUUUUGAAAUCCCCUACUUCACAGUCUCUGGGAUACAGGUGAGCUGGAGUUGACUGGAAGAUGGAGAAGUGGGGCUCUGUACCAGGAGUCAGCAAACUUUUUCAGCAGGGGGCGGGUCCAUUCUCCCUCGGACCUUGUGGGGGGCCGGACUAUAUAGUGGGAGGGGGCAUGAACAAAUUCCUAUGCCCCACAAAUAACUCAGAGAUGCAUUUUAAAUAAAAGGACACAUUCCACUCAUGUAAAAACACGCUGAUUCCCAGACUGUCCGUGGGCUGGAUUUAGAAGGUGAUUGGGCCGGAUCCGGCCCCCGGGCCUUGUUUGCCUACCCAUACUCUGUACACUUGUGAGAGCUAGCUUGGGGGGGGGGUUGACUGAGAGGCAAACUGGGUUGACUGCAGACUCCAAGCUGUGAUUUAGUGCAAACGGCAUGUGGUUGGUUAAAACGUUAAGAGCAAGUAGCUACCAUCUGCUGAUAUAAAGUGGUACCUUGGUUUAAGAACAGUCCUGUUUACGAACGAUUCGGUUUACGAACUCCGCAAAAUCGCAGGUAGUGUCCCGGUUUGCGUGCAAAUUUUACCUCAGUCUAAGAACGGAAUCCAAACAGUGGAAGGGCACUGGCGGCAGGAGGCCUCAUUAGGGAAAGCGCACCUCGGUUUAAGAACGGUUUUGGUUUAAGAAUGGACUUCCGGAACGGAUUAAGUUCGUAAACUGAGGUACCACUGUAAAAUGGUUCUUGGAAUUAUUCAAGCUCUCUUCCCAAAGCUGCAUACGAAAGGGGCAUCUCGAUUACACUGUAGCUGAGGAUUUAAACUCCCUGGAAGUCCAAUAUUUGAACUUGUUCCAAUGGCUCCUGCUGGUGAUCGGAGGGAAUAUACUGCAAACGGACGAGGAGUGGAAGUAUUUAGGGGAAUAUUUACAAAACAAGUGACCUCAAAUAUAAAUUCCAGGUAGGGGAUACCUUGUGACCAACAGUUGACAACAUAUAAAGGCUAUGAGAAUGUGGAGAAGAAGGUGAAGAAAUUACCGUAUUUUUCGCCCCAUAGGGCACACCAGCCCAUAGGACGCACCUAGUUUUUUUUGGGGGGGGGAAUAAAGAAAAAAAAUUAUUUCCCCCCCAGAACAGGCAGCUCUCUGCAAGCCUUGGGAGACCGGCGCGACUUCCCGCCGGGCUCCCACGCAUUGCGGAUAUCUGCCUGAAGCCCAAACCAGGUCAGGGAACAGCGGGAUGGCGGCGCUCCACCUCCCCGCUGUCCCCCGAGCUUGUGGGGCUAGCGUCAGGGAAAAGUGCGCUUCUCCCCGCUGCCAGCCUCCAAACCAGGUCAGGAGACAGCGGGAUGGCGGCGUUCCGCCUCCCCGCUGUCCCCCGAGCUUGUGGGGCUGGCGGCAGGGAGAAGCAUGCUUCUCCCCGCCGCCAGCCUCCAAACCAGGUCGGGGAACCGAAGCCCGGGGCGCGCUGUGCAACGCACCCCAGGCUUCGAGAUGCAGGCUGCUAUCCGCAAGCCUAGGGAGCCCGACGGGAACUCCCGCAGGCUCCCAAGGCUUGCGGAGAGCUUCCUGAAGCCUGGAGAGCGAGAAGGGUUGGUGCACACCGACCCCUCUCACUCUCCAGGCUUCAGCGAAAGCCUGCAUUCACCCCAUAGGACACACACACAUUUCCCCUUCAUUUUUGGAGGGGGAAAAGUGCGUCCUAUAGUGCGAAAAAUACGGUAAUGUAUAUGCAGCUAAGUAAGAUUUAUAAAGAACUGUCAUGGAACGCUGGGUGGGACGUCUAAAAGAAUGACUGUAAAAGAAUGGAAAAUACUGUAAUUUUAAUGUUGAAAACUGUUAUUAUUAUUAUUAUUAUUAUUAUUAGGCAUCCUAGCUCUCUGCCUAGCUCUCCUAGGUAGGAUAGGGACUAUGCAACCCAGAAUCCUAGGCUUACCUGCAACCCUCUUUUUAAAAAAUAAAACAAAAUAAAACAACGGGUGUGUGUGUCUGCUGCAGUCUUUCUACUCAACCCUCAACACUGAAAGUUCUCCUCUAGCAAUGAUAGCAGGAUCACCUGCGGGUUUGACACACAAUAAAUCUCUAUUGGGAACGUUGACUAUACGAGGUGUGUGUCAAGAGACUUCCUGGAUGUUCCCAUCCCAUUUAUGCUGCUGUAAACAGGGACCCAGUCCUUUCAAGCUCAUUGUAGGGGGGAAAGGUGUUGUUUCCUUCUGUUCCUUAGCUUAUAGAAAUGGGAAUGUCUGGAGUACAGGUGGAAUGGCUUGUUUUCCUUCUCCGCCCUCCUACCUGUCCCCAAUUAAGCACACUUCCCAAGCCUGAACAAAGCAAAUAUGCAGAUAUAAAAGCUGACCAUUUCUCUCUCUUUCCCCUCCGCUCAUGUAAACCACACUUGGCUCACUAAUUAGGUUAUUGUUCAUUUAGGAACAUAAGGAGAUGCCUUUUGCUCAGGCAGACCAUUGCAAUGGUCCCUAGAGCAGCUUGGCAUUGUCUAUGCUGACAGUUCUGGGUUUCACAGAUGAGUUUUCCCCAGCCCUACCUGGGAUUGAAUCAGGAACCUUCUGCAUGCAAAGGAUCUGUUCUACCAUGGAGCUACAACCCUUCCAUUGCUUUGAGGCCAAUUUAAAAUGUUCAUUGCAAAAUAACGAUCCAAGCGUUCCUUUCUCAUGAACUUGAGAUGGGCACAAACAAAUGCCCUGGCACCUUCAUUACAUACAUAUAUUUAGGCACCAGGCAGAUAUGUUUCUCCUCAGCCAGGUGUUUGGCUGAUUAACAUCCUAUGGUCUUUUAAAUGUGUCUGUGGAAGGGCGGUUAUUGGUGUGCUUUGCUUUUGUUAUGUAUUUUGUGUUUUCGUUUUGUAUUUUUAUGUUGUGAACUGCCCUGUGAUCUUUGGAUGAAGGGCGGUGGUAAUAAUAAUAAUAAUAAUAAUAAUAAUAAAUGCAGCCAAUGUUUCUUUGGGAGAAGGUGGGGCAGGGGCAAUUUGCCAAGAUGCUGCAUAGACUCAAAGUGCCUUUCAUUGUGACCAGCUGGCAAUGGGUGGUUUAGAGGAGGUUGACAGAUGCCCUCCUUUGAUAUUGUCCUCUCCUCUGCUACCCCUCUCUAACCCAGGUGCGGUACAUGAAGAUAAUUGAGAAGAGUGGGUACCAGGCUCUACCUUGGGUCCGCUACAUCACCCAGAGUGGGGGUAAGUUGUCAAGGAAGCUGAGCUGCAUACAGGUUGUACAGACAUUGGCUUUCCUUGGCUGAGCACUUUCCGUGUAUAGUCAUACCUUGGGUUACAGACGCUUCAAGUUGCGUUUUCUCGGGUUAUGGACCCGCCAAAACCCGGAAGUACCGGAAAGGAUUACUUCUGGGGUCGCACAUGCGCAGAAGCGCCAGAUCACUAUUUGCGCAUGCGCAGAAGUGCUGAAUUGGAACCCACUCGUGCGCAGAUGCGCCGCUGUGGGUUGCGAACACUGCAGGUUGUGAACGUGCAUCCCGCACAGAUCACAUUCGCAACCCGAGCUUCCACUGUACUAAAAGCUGUAUGACAAGUCUUUUCUGCUGGAGCCAGUGUGGUGUAGUGCUUAGAGUGUCAGACCAUGACCGUGUCUAACAAGUCCCCCUAAAAGACUUGUCCCAAGAUUCCCUGUGCAGAAGCUAUGCUGAUUCCCUUUCAGCAAGGCUCGUUCUUUGCCUAUAUGUUUCGCAAUUCUAGCUGUGAAUCUACCCAAGAGAGAAGCAAUACAGGUUUGUAAUUAUUUGGAUUUCUCAAUCUCUGGAAAUGCCCCCCCUUUUUUUAAUUGACGCAGUAUUGGCCACUUUCCACCAUCCUAUUAGCCCUGCGGGGGAGCUUGUCAGUGUUCCCAUUUCACAGACGAGAAACUUUUGAGAGCUGGAUAGAGCACGUUGCUAAAGCUUCCUCACUCCUUGCAGGUUCGUUCCUGCCUGUCCUGAUCGCUCAACACCUCCUGCAGGCAUAACAGCUGCUCUGGGAAAAGGCAGAACUUUCAAGAACCUUACUGGCCCGACCCAGGCCUAACAUAGUCUCUACCUUUUUUGUUCCAGAUUACCAGCUCCGGACACAUUAGUCGUGAUCUUGCAGAGCUGGACACCAUCAAAAAUGAAGAAGCCUGAAUGGCCCAAGAAUCCUUUGUUGGCACUCUCUGAAGCAAAUUGUGUGUGUGUGUGUGUGUGUGUCUCCUCCUUCUCUCAAAAUGCCACCCUGCUCCUCUGCCCAACCACAGCUCGAUUUGGCAACAGUUCUUGGGCUGGUUUGCCCAAUGCCUGCAGGAGGAAAUGAUGGUUCUGUGGUUGUUGCCUGAGAUGGCACCUGCAUUGCUUCCCUACCUGAGUGGCAGUGGACUUACCUGUGGCAAAACACCGACCAGCUGUGCCUUUCCAGGACUCCUGGAUGGAGAGACUCUUACAGGUGCCUUGCCUUCUUUCAGAACCUCCCUCCUUUAGAAGGUUCCACAGAACCAGUGGUGAUGCUUUGCUCCGAAGGUUUAGCUUGGCGUUCUCAUCAGGGGGAGAUGCGUUUGGCUUCACCUGCGGGCAGCAUUCACCUGAGUGUAGCAUUCGGCUCAGCCUGGAAGGUAAGCUGAGCUCCCCACAAGCACCUUGUUGCUCUGCGCCUUAGACUGGUGAAGAGAGAGGCAGGGAAAGCAUGUCCUGCCAUGGUGUGUAGAAGCUAGAACUAGGAGCUUCUGGGCACAAACUCACUGGGUGGCUGCAAGCAAGCCCCUUCCCCCCCUCAGUCUGUUCCCUAAUUGUAUGAUGAGAAUAGUGGCUACCUCAUUUUUAAGAUUUGUGACUCAAAACUACUUCCCAUUGUCCUUUAGACCACAAUGAGCUGUAAAUAGAAGUUGAAAUGAAAUUGGGCCAUUUCGACAGGGUGACCAUGAUGCUGUUGUGUGUCAUUAGUCCUCAUUUCCUUUGGUUUUCUGUUCCACCUUCUUCCUACAUUCUAAGCAUCCUCACUACAGCCAACAAGUGGAGCUGCUUGCAAUCAUACUGGCCAGUUCUUACAACAGUGGGAGUUAUCAUUCUGGACACCUGACAGCGAAAAUACCAAAUAUUAUUUGGAGAGGAAUGCAGAAUCUCAGGCCUAUUUGUCCUCUUCAGAGCUCCUUUUGCCUCUCAGUCGGUUUAUUUGAAACCAGAUACUCCACAUGCAAUUUUCCCUUAUUAAAUCUUUCUUUGGUUUCAUCUCUAAGGUCAGGAAAAGAGAAUGUCCAGCUGAUUAGCAAUAAAUCCACUUGCUAUUUAUUGAUACUAGUCUAUGCACAUUUAUAUUGGAGUGAGCCCCAUUUAAUGCAGUGAUGUCAUGUUUGAGUAAAAACACGCAGAAAUAGGAUGCAAGAGUCUGAUAACCUGUCUACCCAUCGUCCUUUGAUUUGCUCUUGUCUCAGUGAUGUGGUUGCUACGGAAACAGUCUGAAGCUACUGUUGAUUUGUAUAGGAACCUGAACCUGAGUCAAGCCCUUUGAGAAAAGGGAAUUCUAGUUUAACAACUUUCCCUUUUUAAGCCACUAAAAGCAAGCGGAUAAAAUAAAUGUGGUUAUACUGUGAAAAAAUACCUCAACACAGUGCUUUUUUUUCCUGGGGGUACGCAUACUCCUAAACAUUUUGUGAAUCUAAGUUUGGCCUCAUUGAGGGGCAGUAUUUCAAUAUGAGUAGGAAAAUGAGAGUACCCCUAAACAUUUUUUUUAGAAAAAAAGCACUGCCUCAGCAUAUAAGUGGAUCCAUGUACAGAUCUAUUUCAUUAGUAAUGAAGCUGCCGCAAAGUGAAUGCUGUCUAUUUAAGUACGGUACAGUGAGAAAAAUCCCAGAAAAGGAUUUGUUGGUCUGCAGCAACAAGAUGGCAGAAAGUAAUCGCAUUAGAAAGGCCUCCAAUUUAAGCCUGUCCCAGAAUCUUCCACCUGUUAGGAUUUUGGCACUCCCUAAUAUAAGGCAGUUCAUGCCUGAUUAAGUUCCCCUGCAGAUCCAGCAGUACCAACUGCAGCUCAGAGACAAACUUGCAAGCCUCACAAACCAAUUCCUGCAAAGUGGUCGGUGGCAGAGCAAAUGCAAAGAAUAUCUUGGCACCUGGGUUCAAGCCUUUAAAAUAUCUGUGUGUGUCCCCCUCCCCUCAAAAAAACAAAAUAGCAAAACCCCACCUUAGAUCUUGCGUAAAGGAAUGUGUGCAAAUCAGAGAAAUUAGUUCUGGGGCUGCUGGGUAAUUUGUUCCAAGUCUGUACAGUCGUACCUCAGAAGUUGAAUGGAAUCAGAACAUUCAGAAACCAAGCCACGGCUUCCAAUUGGCUGCAGGAAGCUCCUGCAGCCAAUCAGAAGCCCUGUCGGACGUUCAGGUUCCAAAGAACGUUCCCAAACCAGAACACUCACUUCUGGGUUUGCGGAAUUUGGGAGCCAAAACGUUCAAGUCGCGAGGUGUUCAACCUCCGAGGUACGACUGUAUAAGCUUCCUAUCUAUGUUCAAAGAGAAACCUGCUAAACACAGCAAGCAGGGGAGCCAAAGCCCUCACCAGCAGAUUUUGGCAGGUGCCCACUUCACUCAGGUAUAUAGGAUUGCGUGCUGCUCCAAGCCCCGUGCAUUCCUCCCUGAGAACAGUGGUUCCCCAAAGGGUGUGGCAGGGGAGGAUGGAAAACAUGGCCGGAAGAUUCUAGAGAAAUCAAUAUUCUAUUUUGGGAAAGAUUCAUGUUCUUCUGUAGCUGCAUUGUUUUAUAAUUUCUGGAUGUCCUACGAUCAUAAUAUAAAAUAGUUGUGUUCUGUGUUAUAAAUCAAGCACUGCUAAGAGUUGUUUGUUUUUGUUUCCCAAUGUAUUUCUUAUCAAUAAAAGAAUUCUGUGUGGCAG